AGAGGCAUGAACCUAUUUCCAGAUCCCUGGUUGUUUGUCUAAAACUAUUUCCAUCUAGAUGUUUUAAUGCUGUUUGGAGGGGUAGAAAUUGAUUGAUUGAUUGAAUGAUUGUUGUCCUGCGUUGGUUUUUGUUUAGGUGUGGUGUCACAAUGCACAAGAGCAUGAGGAACACAGGUGGAAGUGCGGUGUUCUACACGCCAGGCGCAGUCGCGACAGAGAUCAGAUCGGGAUACCUGUUCAAGUCUCCUCCACCAAAACGGAUGAAGUCUGAGAAAUCGUGGAAGAGGCGGUAUUUCGUGCUGUUCAAAAUCAGUGAACAAGAACACCAGCUGAAGUACUUCAGGAGCCCAGAGGAGAAGGACAGACCGCUCGGAAGGAUAGACUUGGAACAGAUCUCACUGCUGUACGUGAGCCCUGAAGAACACCAGAAAUGGGGAUGGAUCCAGAAGAACUUCAAGUGCUCUCCGUCCUCUGUGCUUUGCAUCAAGGCUUGCAACCGGGACUACUUCCUCGUCGGGGAGAGCAGUGAGGAAGCGGACGGCUGGUUCUCCGCCUUGUUUGAAGCCCUGAAAAACAGGCCUCAUAAAGUGAUGACUGCAGAGGAGAUUUGUAGAGGGCCGUCUGCAGCCGAGGUAUCAAAACCUGUUCUGUGGAGAAGGACUUUCUCCAUCCGGUCUGAAAAGGGAGAGUUGAAAGGUCGGUCCAUGUCUGAUCCGUCCUCGAACGCUUUGGAUAUUGUCACCAAGAAAUCAAAGGAUGAAGAUUACGCCAAAAGACGAGCAUCGGAGCCAAUCUACGACUAUCCAAGACCCUACACAAGGAAAAUGCUAGCUGAAGAAAACGGUGACACUCAUUCCAAGAGCUUGGACUCAGUGUAUGAAUCGAUGAUGGAAGUUCAGUUGACAGAACAGCAAGUCUCUCAGGCCGAGGACCUUGAAGUUGAGAAGGCGACCCUGAUGAGGUCCGUCCAGCAGGUGUAUGAGCGGCUGAAGACACAGAUGUCUCCGCUCGCUUCAUUCAGGAAGGAGAAAGGUGAAGACAGGGGGGAAGCCAGGACUUCAGACUUCAGCAGCGGCUCCAGUGACAACGGCGCCAGCUCUCCUGUUGAGAUGCCGGCGACAGUGAACGGUCACAGACCGGACAGACGGAGUUCCACUGAAAGCCUUGACGCCGUCACCCCAGAGGAGAGGGAUAUCAAGGUCAAGCAGGCAGAUCUGAAAAAACACCUGACACUAACAGAAGUGGAGGGGAAGCCGUGUGUGUCUGGGUGGACUGGCCAGCCACAGUCGGUGUGCCUGUUCCACAAAGGAGACCAGAUUCUGGCGAUCAAUGACUUGCACACCGGCAGCGUGGACGAGUUCAACAUGUACCUCAGCAAGUCUCUCAAGAACGAGGUGAAAGUGACCAUCCUGCGUCAGCGUGGAUGUCGACCUCUGCACUCGCCAACUGGUGUCUGCAGCGACUGACUGCAAACUGACCGUCAGGGACGAGGCUUCCUUCCUGUGGCUGGCGGUUUCUUGCCAUGUGUCGACACUUCAGACAACUGGCAGUGUUUUCCUAGGGCUGUGGCCAGUUCUUACUAAUCUGUCACUCUUCUGCUUUAGUCUGUUUAAAGUCCUCGUAGAACCUAAAGUGAAUAUGAAGGAUAUUUAAUCUCACUAACAGUGACUCGCAGAUCAAAUGCUUUCGAGCUGCGAAGCGCUCUUUGUGUAUACAAUGACUUGCUGUUUUUUACAGAGCAUGAGUCAUGUUAUCUCUAGCUCGUUGUGUGUCAUAGUUACUGUAGAUAAGACGUUUGUUUUCAAACGUUGUCUCUAGGAGGAAGCAAACGGCGAAUGUUUUAUGGAAACAUAUUUCCUCAUAGCGCCUUUGUGAUUAAAUAAUUUGCACAAGACGCUGUGUGCAAAGCUCUACUGCAUAUGGACAAUUUAACAACUGUAUUUUUACACGAAUCAAAAUGUAUCGACAAUUUAAAUGCACAUAAAAUAGAGUCGUAAUAACAUCAAAGAUUCUUGGUGGAGCUGGAUCUUUUCUUUACUUUGACUGAACUGCUAAUGUGACUUCUGUAAGAACACCAUUAUCAACUCUGUAUCGACAUCUAUGAUUCUAGUGAGGUGAAAACACAUGCAGUGUUUCCAUAAACUCCUUUCGUGUCUUCGCUGCUGCAACCGAAGUGAGAAACGAGCUGCGUGACUAGUGCAGAUGUCAUCACCCAGCAAUCAAAGCUGAUUUCCAUCCAGAUUUGCUCGGCAUUCAGCCUGCCCGACGGCGUUUUCAUGCUCAUCCAAGUACGCCGUCUUCAGAGCACCGAAAAAAAAAAAAGGGUGCGGCCCAUGUUGGCAUGUCUUUGUCAUGCGUCCAAACAUCUAAAUUCAAAUUCAUCCUUAUUUGUCUUGAGAAAGUUUGAACAGUAAUUAGGAGCGGAUGAAUAACAACGAGAUUUAGGACGAGACCAGAACUUCACCUCGGGGAGUCUGAAUUAAUAAUCCUUCUGCUGCUUCCUCUCUUGAUUCGAAGCAGCAACAGCGACUUAAAUGUGCAACAUGUAAGAAGUCGCGUCCUGUCGAAUUCAUGCUGCCGAUGACUAAGGGCAGCAUAUCACCAGUCACUGCUAAAUGACCACAUUACAUUUAGCUCAGUUAGCGGUGCAGUUAGCCAGAAUACCCGGGGGAGUGUUGGAGUUUUACACCAUUUGCACAACAGCUUUGGACCAAGGCACAUGUCUGGCCGGUUAGCAUGCUACUGCAACAGAUACUUCCACAUAGACGUCAAAAGUGUUGAUAAGUAAAAUUCUUACAUAUUGCACCUUUAAUAUAACCUUCAUAACAUUUUUGAAUUAUGUCGAGCAACCGAUGUCACACCUGACAAAGAACAAAUGGAAAUUAUUAACAGGUUGCGUUUUAUAUUCAAAAUGUUUUGUACUUUUACUUAUGUCCACUGACCAAUGUCUUCAGCUUGUCUAAACCCUUUAACAUGAAAUAAUCAUAUGACAUUGUUAAUAUUCAGACGAGACCUCUUCCCAGAGGCCGAUGCACGCCACUGUAUCAGCCUUUCCAAGAUAUACAAGUUCUGACAAAUACAAUUACUCAGGACAUUUAUCUUUCAACUGUGAUCCUCAAGCUGUGCUGUAAUAUAAAUGUGUUCUGUUAAUGAAUAACUGUAUCCUUUGCAAUAGUGCAGCGAAUGCAGGUUGUACUGGGACAAUGCAUCUGUGAUUUAUUUGUAAAAUGAUGAUGAAUAAAUGUUACCUUAUCAUUAA